UUCAGCAUCUGCCACGUCUGUACAGAAAGAGCUCAUUGGGACAGAGGGAGAGGAUGAGAGAUAUGAGCGCAACACAACAUGAAAACAUCGAGGAAUUCGUAGUUAACAGGGAAUACUCUGACAUCAGUUGAAUGCGUAUUUAAUCGAAGAAGCGCAUAGCCUACGUGCUUAAAUAAACUGUAGAAAUUGUCGUCAUGCAGCACUUCUAGGCUAGGCAACACUGUAUUUCGCUGUCCCGUUAGUGCGCAUCAAACCGAACCAUACAGCACUGACGCUGAUGGACAGAAACUGGAUAUUUGCCUGCAGUAUUAUUUUUUGGAUACUUGUGCAUAUUCAUUUGCAUUCAAUUUUUCACGGUCACAUCUUGAUGUUCUAAAGAUUGUAUUCCCGUUUUUCGGAUCUGUUCGAACGGCUUGUGUGCUCUUUAAUAAAGUCAGGUUGGUGAUAAGAGCUCAUUGACGCGAUUAAGAUAUCCGUAUCAUAAAGCCUAGUUCUGGUUUUGUUUGAUUUAACCUGUUUUAAGUGGGGCUACUUUAAAUUUCGAAAAGCAGAUAUUCAGUUUGGAGAAAGAUGUGCGGUGUUUUACAGGAAAUAUUUAUUUGUCAACGGAGAUAGUGGCACAAUUGUUGGUUAACAUCCGUAUCUUACGCCGUGGAGAACUGCUCCUCCUCUCCUCUGACCGCCGGUAGCGGGAUAGAGGUUGUGGUAGUGUUUGUGUGGUCGGCCGGCGCGCUGCCUUGCUGCUUCUGGUCACACAGCCUCGAUGCUUAGUGCAGGCAGAAUGCAAGAAUUUGAAACGGAGGAAGAGGAGCCAUGGUACGACCAGCAAGAUCUGGAGCAGGACCUGCACCUGGCAGCAGAGUUGGGAAAGACCCUGCUGGAACGCAACAAGGAGCUGGAGGAUGCCCUGCAGCAGAUGUACAUCACCAAUGAGGAACAGGUGCAGGAAAUUGAGUACCUCUCAAAGCAGCUGGAAACGCUGCGGGAGAUGAAUGAACAACACGCCAAGGUGUACGAGCAGCUGGACGUGACCGCGCGUGAGCUAGAACUCGCCAAUCAGGGUCUGGUGCUGGACAGCAAGGCUUCACAGCAGAGAAUAGAGCGGUUGACGGGGACAAUCGAUGUGCUGCAGGGACAGGUGGAAGCCCUGACGGUGAAGGUGGAGGAGCUGCGCUCCCUGGAGCAGUUGAGGGUGCACCGUGAAAAGAGGGAACGGCGCAAGACCAUCCACUCCUUCCCCUGCCUCAAGGAGCUAUGUACCGCACCCAGGUAUGAGGAUGGGUUCGUGGUGGGCAGCCCUGGGAGCAUGGACUCGGAGGCGGACUGCCGGCCGCUGCAGGAGGAGAACGAGCGCCUGCGCGAGAACGUGACGUCUCUCCGCUCGGCGGUGCGGGCGGAGCGGGGCCGCCGCGAGAGGGCCGACCGGGAGUGCGCCGCCAUCCUGCAGGAGUUCGCGGGCCUGGAGCAGCGGCUGCAGGGGGCCGAGGGCUGCCAGCUGCGCGUGCGGGAGCUGGAGGCCGAGCUGCAGGAGCUGCAGCAGCUGCGCAGGGCUCGCACGUUCGUGAUCGGCGGGGAGGACGGGCUGACCCAGACGCUGCUCAACAGCACCCCCGAGACCGACACCCUGGAGGAAGAGGUGGCGCUGGGCGCGGAAGGCGCCGAGGCCGGGGAGGGGCAGGCGCUGCCGGCGUCCAGUCCGGUGCGGAAGAGCUGCAGCGACACGGCCCUCAACGCCAUCGUGGCCCGCGACGCGUCCGGCCGCAGGCGGGGGAGCUACGCCAUCCACGCCAACAGCGUGCGCAAGCGCGGGAUGUCCAUCCUGCGGGAGGUGGACGAGCAGUACCACGCCCUGCUGGAGAAGUACGAGGAGCUGCUGGGGAAAUGCAGGCGUCACGAGGAGAGCCUGCGGCACGCGGAGGUGCAGACGUCCCGUCCCGUGUCCCGAGACCCCUCCAUGAAGGACUGCGCCACCCCCGCACCUCCGCCUACCCCGACACAGACCCCAUCCACCCCCGAGGCCCUAGAGGGCAUCAGCAAGCAAGUGGAGGCAGUAGACAAACGUCUGGGCCAGAACACGCCCGAGUACCGGGCGCUGUUUAAGGAGAUCUUCUCCCGUCUCCAGAAAACCAAGACGGACAUCAACUCCACCAAAGCAAACAAGACCAGUAAAUGAAUCUCCUUGCCUCCAUUCCUACGUUAAGAGUAAAUUAAUAAAUUAAACAUCUCUCUUCGGUCUCUCUACUGCUGUCAUUGGUCUUGGUGAGGGUUUAACUUUUACAGUUUCCUUCUCCUCACAAGGAUUGCUGUAGUCCAACCAGUUUUAAUCAAGGUGUACUGAAGAAAUUCUGAAAAAAAUAAAAUUGAUCUGCUCAACUGCUAAGCUUUUUCCCAGCUGAUCAGCUUAUCAACUGCUGGAAAGUUAAUACCUUAUAGGCUAAUUCUCAUCACAUGUUGUAGCAAGCUGGGCAAACUCAUAUAAAAUGCUUUGCACAGGAAUCAAACACUUUUAAAAACCUUGUUAGGUAGGACAAAGGUGAUUCUUGUCGGGUAAUUGCACUGUCCCUUUAUCUAAUCCCUUUAUUUUAAUGCAAGUUCACAGACAUUAGGUUGUAGGUACAAAUCCAGUUUGCAAAAACCAGAGAGCUGACUGGAUUGAGAUGACAUCAAACCACUGCUCCUUGAUACAAUAUUUUCAUGAUUAUUUUUUUACUCAUGAAAUGCUUUAAUUAAGGCCCAACUGUUGGUCUAAUCUUAAGGGUUUUAAAACGGAUUGAUGUUCUUCCAACUUAUCUGUGUCAUUUUUGGGGGGAAGAGGGGGGUGCUCUAUUUCAGUGCAAACAGUAAGACAAUCCUACCUGUAUGAGAUAUACAAAGCAAUAAUUUGACAAGUCAAAACUGUGGAAGCAGACCUGUUUGUCUGCAGACAUUACUACAUUUUUGGAGCAAUUUCUCUUUAUGGUUUUGUGUUUUGGAUAGUGAGUGUUCUCUAAUUUGUGCAUGCAUGAUCCAACACUAAAACAAAAUUCACCUUUUUGUUUCAUGAAAAGAGGCCUGGACAAUCCUAUGGUUGGUGUAAUUGUUUUGAUUACAUAGUAAAUAAUGGCUGUGUAAAAUGGCUACUAGUAAAGUUUUAGGCAGGACUUGACAAAUAUGUAUUCAGCCAUUUAAAUUAGUGGCAUCUUUAGAACCUAAUUUCUACCCACAACUUAGAAACCCCAUUUUAUGUUUGUUCACUAUUAAAUUUGAGUUUAGCCAUGCGUCAGUGUGAACAAAGCCAUCUUUUCAGAGACACGUUGGCUUCAUCAUGUGAAGCCUUGCAGAUGCUAAACGUUAAGAAAAUGGUAAUGAAAAAAGGUUUUUUCAAACAGUGGUACUAAUGGGAUGUUGACAGUGGGACAGGUGUAUGAACCAAGUCAAGGCUGAAGUUUGAUAGCUCAUCUGCAGCUUUGCGUCACUAUAUGCUCCAUACGGAAGCUGCUACUCAAUUCAGCCAGGAUAACUAAUCCCAAAACUCUGGACUUCAUAAUUGUGAUGAUAAUAUUCUAAUGCAUUACAUAUCAAGGACAUGGAUAGUCCGGUAAUUACAUUGUUGUGGUUUGGAAGUGAAAACAUGGUAAGGUCAGUUGAAUAUCUUAGCGCUUAAGCAGAUCUUAACUAUGCCUGCAUAACUAUCUGCCUAUAAGAGUUCAUGGUCAGUAAUGGCAACACCAGACUUAGUAUUGUGUCUGGGUUCUAAGAAGAAUAGUCAAAGCCAGGUCUGCCUUCUCUCAGGGUUACUUACAGAAUUGUAGAGGGAAGGAAAAUGGCAUGAGAGUUUCACUGAAAUUUUUGUGUACAUUCUGUUGGUUUGAGGAAAUAUUGCCAAAAAGGAGACCAGUUGAGUCCCAGCCUUAAUGGUUGUGCUUAUUCUCAGUAGCCUCCUUGGGGCACUGUACUGAAAUUUCUCCUAUUGCACUUGAAGAUGCUUUCAGCUCUCAUUUAUUAUACAGUAUAUUUAUUAACUGAUGUAUUAUUUAUACUGAAUAUAUACUGGCUCUCUGAAAUGCUUUUGCCACCUAUGGUCACUGUGCCGUUUGAACAAAUAUGAUUUAUGGAUAAUGUGACAGUAAAAUGAAAUGCCAUCUUUGAAUUUUAACUGUUGCAUCAGAAUAAUUAUUGUACUUAUUGUCCAAUUUGUUUUGUUUUGCACAUUAUCAGUUUGUGAACUUAGUUUUAGUACUUGGAUUUGGCAAUGUGUAUUUUGUCUUCAAGAGGAUUAACACAUUGUAUGAGAAGGCAUGGUGGUUUUGAAUUUUAUGUUAAAAAAAUACUGUGUAAUUGUUACAUUUAUCACACAUCAUGAUACCUGACGAAACUGUCUCUUAUGCCUUCUAUUACAUUAAACCAUUGAAAACAA